CAUACGCGCUUUGUUUUGUCCUCGUUGGGACCCUUAGUGCACGUGACGAGCAGCUGACUUUAACCGGAAACGGAAGAAGCAUACAAGCAAAACAAGUAAUCUUCACACACAAGAAUCUGAGUUUUGCAGUUAUUUAUGAUUGCUAAUAAUGGAGUCGACCCUCGAACAGCAUCUCGAUGAAACCAUGAAAAAUCCAGCAGUUGUUGGUGUGCUUUGCACGGAUGAACAAGGACACAACCUGGGCUGCCGCGGCUCCCUGUCUGAUGACCAUGGCGGUGUUGUGUCCGUUUUGGCCAAACAAGCUGGCGCUCUUACUAAAGACCCAACAGACAGUCCAACUGUGUGUCUGGAGUCUGAGUCAGGAAACAUUCUGGUGAGGAGUCAUGGCACCAUCACAGUAGCAGUCCACAAGAUAGCAUCUUGAAGACAACACGGCUCACUGAGGAAUUUGUAUUGUAAAGAAAUAUACAUGUCAACAGGAACAUUAGCACAAUAACACAAUCUGAAUUUACUUUGAGAAAAGUCUGGAAUUACACAUGUCUCUUGUCCUUUCUACAUUAUUCCAUAAUUAAACAUACAUGAUGCUAUUCUAAUACAUAAAGUGAGAUUCCUUUCUUUUAUUUAUAUAUACAGUGUAUAGAUAUAUAUAUAUACACACACACACACACCAAUCUGUCAGGUAAAGUUUUUUUAUUGAUGACCUGUACAAAUUAGGCUCUGUAUCAUGUUAUUUCUAGCCAAGGUAAUGCUUUGUGUGUGUCUUUUUGUACACAUCCAUCCAGUUCAAGGCAGUCAUGCACAGAAAAACAACCCUCAAUAAACUUUAACCUGACUUUG